UCUUCAAGAAAUAAUUACUGGUGUUAUAGUGUAGAAUAAUCCAGGCAUCGGAAUGGGACAUUCGGGCGCCAUAGUUAAACUAUUUGAUCAUUGACGAGGUGCUCCCUAGUUUGCUUUCACUUUUGAUAUCUUCUGAGAUGAUGUCUCGUUCGUGGGUUGUGAUCAUACUCUUGAAGUCUCACUAGGAGGUCUUUGUCAGUCAAAUGGAGAUAAAUCGCCCGUACCUGCUGAUAGAAAAUAUAGAGAGAUUAUUAUAAGGAGUGUGAGGAAAUAUUGAAAAGCUUAAGGCUGUCGAAAAAAGACAAAUUAUUCGAUGAAAAUAGAUAAAUUAGAAAAAUAAUAAUAAUAGAUCAAAUACAUGUAGUUUGAAUAAGGAGUUGAAUACAGCCGAAAUUUUGCUGUGUGGUGAUUCAGAUGUCGUCGCCUCUUUUGUAUCCGCCGACAGAUUUAUUGAUUUGCAAAGUUGCGAUUAGCAUCACAUGUAGCUAAUAAUUAACUUCAAUUAGUGGCCAAUGGGCAGAACGUAUGCCUUCCUACAGCAGCAGGGUAUGCAAUUGGCUAGCUUUGCAUUCAUUUCAGCCGCAAUGUUACCCUGGAAUAAGCACCAGCUGGCACACCAUUAAUUUUGUGUACCGAUCUUUCAUCUUACACAUCUGUUCAAUAUUGCCUCGAUUACAUGAAUUCUACGGAAGUACAAUCUGUUUGUCCAUAAUGCAUCUCCUGGAAUAUGAUGACAGAGGUCACUUUGGCUUGAUCAGGAAUAUUGCUAGCAGCGACAUUCCUAAAUAUGCUAUUCUUUCGCAUACAUGGGGAGCAGAUAAGGACGAGGUCACCUUCCAAGAUAUCAUAAAAAGCAAAGGAAAAGACAAGACAAGUUAUAGAAAGCUCAAGUUUUGUGGAGAACAAGCCGAGCGUGAUGGCUUACGAUACUUUUGGGUAGAUACUUGUUGUAUUGACAAAUCAAGUAGUGCUGAAAUCACAGAGUCAAUCAACUCUAUGUUCCGCUGGUAUGAAAACGCAGCCAAAUGCUAUGUGUACUUGUCAGAUGUUACGACAAACAAUUACGAUCAGACCAAUUUCUCCUCAUGGCAACCAGCUUUCUGCAAAAGUCGUUGGUUUACCCGUGGUUGGAUACUUCAAGAGCUUCUUGCUCCACGAUCGGUGGAAUUUUUUUGCUCAAAUGGCAAACUCCUCGGUGACAAGGAAUCAUUACAACAGCAGCUGCACGAAAUCACAGGGAUUGAAAAGUCGGCUCUCCAAGGACAGAAUUUGUCUGAAUUCAGCGUUGACCAGCGAAUAUCUUGGACAAGAAAUCGCGAUACCAAGCAUGAAGAGGAUAAAGCUUAUUCCUUACUAGGCAUUUUUAACGUCUUCAUGCCACUUAUCUAUGCUGAAAGAGCAAACCAUGCAUUUAGCAGGCUCCAGGUUGAAAUUGGAAACCGAGCAAGAAAACGUUCGCUUAAUGAUUUAUCGGCUUUUUCUAUGACUGCUUUCAACCCCAAUAAACGAUCAAAGCUCUCACAUGAUCAGUCCUCCAUUCAAGACAUUUCUCCUCUUCAGGAUUCCGGAACCCCCGAAAAGAUUGUCUCUCCAGGAAAUUUUACACAUAUUAUUAACGCUACCACGAAACAGUCAAUUAUAGGCCAGCUCUACUUUACCAAAUCGACGAACGUCUAACAAACUUGACAGCUGCCCAGGGAAAAAUUUGCCGCUGGUUCCUCACGAAAUCUGAGUAUAGGGCCUGGAAUGACGUAUCAAAACAAGAAGAACACGGCGGUUUCCUUUGGAUCAAGGGCAACCCGGGGACCGGGAAGUCAACUCUAAUGAAGCUUCUCUUCGAGGAGGCUAGCUCAAUGCGAAAGGCAACCCGUCACGAAUAACGUUAUCAAUUUUCUUCCUCGAACGUGGAACGAUUGAGGAAAGAACAACCACUGGUCUAUAUCGGUCUCUGUUGCACCAGAUUUUUGAGAAGGUGCCAGUGUUGAAGUCUAGCUUGGAUUGGAUGACGGCCGAUGCCGCUAGAGGCAUUGAACGAAAUGGGUAAAGUCAGGAAGCGUUUAAGCAAACCUUGAAGCAUCUUGUGCCGAAACUCGGAAGUCGAUCGUUGAUGAUAUUUGUUGAUGCGUUAGAUGAAUGUGAGCAGUACCAAGCAAGAGAGAUGGUUUGCUUUUUUGAGGAUCUAUGCGAGCUUGCAGAAAACUCGCGAGUUAGUUUGCAAAUAUGUUUCUCCAGUCGACAUUAUCCGACUAUAUUCAUCCAGAAGGGGUUGGAAUUGGCCUUGGAAGAUGAAGGCGGACAUACGGACGAUAUUAAACACUAUAUUAAGUCAGAACUAAGGCUAGGAAAGUCCCAGCAAGCCGAGUCACUUCGGUCAGAAAUACUUGACAAAUCUUCUGAUAUUUUCCUCUGGGUUGCUUUAGUCCUCGAUAUUCUAAACUCGGAGUAUUAAAUUAGCUUUAUUUCCACCAAGAAAAUCCGUGAGCGCCUUCACGAAAUUCCAUCGGGCCUGACUGACUUGUUUGAGAUGAUUCUCAAGAAGGAUGGAGAGAACCUCGAAGAACUACAAGUUUGUCUCAAAUUAAUCCUCUUCGCGACUCGUCCUCUAAAACCACAGGAGCUCUAUUUUGCGAGUCAGCUUUGCCUUGGUGAAAAAUGCACGGGUUACUGGGAUCCAGAAGAUGUUGAUUUGGAGUAGAUGAAAUUAUUCGUGAGGAGCUUCUCCAAAGGUUUGGCUGAAGUGACGCGAAACAAAUCCUUGGAAAUUCAAUUCAUUCACGAAUCUGUUAGAGACUUUUUGUUAAGUAAACACGAGGCCCGAUGGUCUGGAGUUACCGAAAACUUUGUCGGUCAUGGGCACGAGCUUUUGAGAAAUUGCUGUCUGGCUCAGUUGUGCGCUCCCGUCAACCAAGAAUUCAUAAAAGCCUUCAACUUAGGGACACCCAGGUUUUGGGAAUGUCGUAACAUGAGUUAUCCAUUCGUGGAUACAUUGCACCCUGAUAAACCUAUUCAGCCAUCGGAACGUUCCAACGAAACACAAUCACGAUUGCAAGUGGAAAUUAGGUUGAAGUUCCCAUUUCUCGAUUAUUCGGUCACGAAUGUUCUUCGCCACUCCAAUAUUGCUCAACAAAAUGCCAUGGGGUAGGGGGAGUUUCCGGCAAAUUUUCCCUUCGGCUUAUGGGUAUUUAUUAACAAUUAUCUUGAGAAACACGAUGUUCGCCGAUAUACGUAUUCAGUGAUCGCCCCUUAUAUCCUUGCAGAAAAGAACCUAGGGAAUCUUCUUCGAAUAUAUCCUCAGAAAGACUCUUGCUUUGAAAUCACGGAGCAGCGCUAUGGCCCGUUGAUUAUUGCCGCUCUGGCUAACGGAAGCCAUGAAGCUGUUCAGACGCUCCUUGAAAUUGAAGCUAGAGCCUACCCCAUGACUUCUCCCGUACACGGCUUGUGCAAACAGUAUCACCAGAACCCCAGCAGAAUGCCGCGCGAUUUCAUCUUUUCGCAGUAUAGGCAAGACAUACCACCUAUGUUUCUACCCAGCUGUCGGCUUAAAAACUAAAUUCCGGACGAGCAGACUCAUGGUCAAGGUCACGAAAUUCUGCUAACUAACGCUAUUGAAUCUAGAAAUGAUAUUGUAGCCAAGUUUAUAUUAGAGAAGAUCAUUGAUAUUAAGAAUAGGAGCGAGUAUACUACUACGCUCCUACUAACAGCUGUUAGGCGUGGACGUACAGAGACAGUCGGAUCGUUAUUACAGAAGGUCAGUGGUAUUAACCAUACGAGCGACUAUAACAAUACACUCCUACCGGUAGCUGUUAGGCGUGGACAUACAGAGAUAAUCGAAUUGUUAUUGGACAAUGGUGCUGAUAUUGAUUGUACAAGCAAUGACAAAGGCAUACUCUUGUGGAAAGCUGCUAGGAGUGGACACACAGAUAUAACCAACUUGUUAUUAGAGAAGGGUGCUGAUAUUCAUUUUAUAAAUAAUAGCAUUGAGGAACUUUUGUAGGUGAAUGCUAAAUAUGGACGUGUGGAAAAUGGUAAAGUGGCUGCUGGAGGAUGGGUACCGAUGUUAGCUUCGAGAGAAAAUUAUAGAAUAACACGAAAAUCUUACUGGAGGCUGUUUGGAUGGGACAUGUGGAGCUAGUCAAGUCGCUAUUGAAGCAUGGUGCUGAUGUUAGUGCAGCAAAUGCAGAUGGUUUCACACCACUACUAUCCGCCAUGAAUAAAGGAGAUAGACACAAACCUAUUAUAAAAGUAUUAUUGAGCCAUGGUGCUACAGUCGAGGACAAUCAAAUAAAGCAAAUUUCUUCAAUUUUUAUUCAAUUUUUGAAAUGAUUUAUAAAAUAGCUUUUUUAUAACUAUAAGUCAGAGGAGUUCAAAUGUACAAUAAUACCAGAGGCCUGCGCCCACCGGACCUCUGGCUUUUUGAGAAAGUCUAAUA